GAUAUUAAGUACUUGUCAGCCAGUUGUUAAAUAGCAUUUCCGACAUUCAAGUGGAUUACGCACACGGUCGUCGAGAGAUAAUAGCGAAACGAAAGGAUAUUAUAAUCUCAAGAUUUGUGAAAGUUAAUUAACAAAAGUUAAACUUAAGAAAUUUACCAAGUGUUCUUUUGUGGUGUUGUAUUGUAAACAGUAUAUAUAUUUAAUUAAAAAUGUACAAAUUCGCUAUUGUUCUAUUGUCGGCGAUUUUAUUCGCAUUUGUUUUAGCGCGUCCUGCUGAGGAAAAAGCGGAUGCAGCCAUUAUUACCACAACAACAACGCCAGCAACAAUAAUCAAGCAAGUUGAUAUAAGCAAUCCAGAUGGCAGCUACAAUAACAGCUACGAAACCUCUAAUGGCAUUAAAGUUGAAAACGCUGGGUAUUUGAAGAAAAUUGUGGUACCAAAACAAGAAUCAACCGAUGGUGAAAUAAUUGAGGAACACGAAGAAUUAGUGUUGGUGCAGACUGGUUUAUACUCAUACUCGGAUCCUGAAGGAAAUAUCAUCACUUUACGCUAUGUGGCCGAUGAAAAUGGUUUCCAGCCACAGGGUGAUCACUUGCCAGUGCCGCCAGCUUAAAAACCAGGAGAUAUGUCAAACGAAUUAAUUAUUAUUAAAACUAAAAAA